GUGACAUAAAUUAAUAUUUAAUGAAAACUAUUUCGUGGUAAAAAUGUUUGUUUUGUAAUGGUAAGACUUCUGAUAUAAACAACCUUUGGUAAUCUAUUUUAGUACAAUAUCGUCUUAUUCUUAUACUAAUAAUUGGGGUUAUUUAAGGGUCGUGUAGUACGCCCUUUAUGGGGAAUAUUAUGGCGGCCAUGACACUUUACCACUAUACCAUUGUGACUUGUCAAAAGUCGUAACUUCAUUCGGCAUCUGACAUCUGUCUUGAGCGCUCGAAUGUUUUCUUUCCACGUCGUGGUAUUUUUCAUUGUUGAGUUUUUGUUUUGUGUUAAGUUUUUGUUGUGCGAUAUUGUUGACUUUUUGUUAAGUUUGUAUCGUGAACGUGAGUUUUCGUUUUACGGAAGUAAAAUGGAACCCGUGGCAGGUCCUUCCCAGGACAAUCUGAAAGAGAAUAUUCUUCUUUCCCCACCAAGGAAAAGACCCGCAUCUCAUAUGAGUGUUUCGGAAAAAUGUAUGGUGAUGAACUGCUACAAACACACAAUACAUGGCCCCAUGACAAGUAUUUUACACGUCUGGAAUGUUCCAAGAAAGUGGCGGAAAUAUUGGGUAUAUCCGAAAGAACCGUCAGAAGUAUAUUCGCGGAACAUAAUUCGGCAACAGAAUUUGCUUCACCCAAGAAACCUGGCCCCAAGUUGUCAGUAAUUGACAAGUUGGAUGAGUUCACAUUUGCAGCCAUUAGACGGACAGUACAUCAAUUUUUUCAUCGCAACGAGCCGCCUACUAUUGAGAAGGUAUUGCAAGUUGUUAAUGAUGACCCGGGCCUGCCAAAUUUAUCUUUUUUCACCUUGAGACAGGUGCUUAAGCACCUCAAUUUUAAAUAUGCAAGUCGGAAACGCCAAAGCAGCCUCAUUGAUAGGGCUGAUAUCAUAUUGUGGAGGAAAAGAUAUUUGGUGAAAAUUAAGCAGUAUUGUAGAGAGGGCAGACCUAUUUAUUACCAAGAUGAAACAUGGAUUAAUGAAGGGCACACGGUGAACAAGGUCUGGCAGGACCCUAAAGUAUUGUCAUCUCGACAAGCCUUUUUAGAAGGCCUUACAACUGGCCUUAAGGCUCCAUCGGGAAAAGGAAGGCGGCUCAUUAUAAGCCACAUUGGCAGUGAAGAAGGAUUUGUUGAAAAUGGAUUGCUGCUGUUUGAAUCAAAGAAAAACACUCAAGACUAUCAUAAAGAAAUGAAUGCUCAGCAUUUUGAAGAAUGGCUAACUGGUAUAUUGCCACGGCUUAAGCCAAACUCCGUGCUCGUUUUAGACAAUGCUCCUUAUCAUUCAAGAAAAUUAGAAAGUGGCCCUGUAAAAAAGUGGAACAAGGGCCAAAUUAUUCAAUGGUUGCAUGAAAGGAAUGUACCCUGUGACAUGUCCAUGAUCAAGACAGAGUUAUGGGCUCUGGUAGAAACUCAACCCAAAGUAAACAAAAUGGCAGUAGACGAAUUAGCGGCAGCUCAUAAUGUAACCAUUUUGAGACUCCCCCCAUACCAUUGUGAACUAAACCCCAUUGAAUUAGUGUGGGCACAAGUGAAAGGGCAUGUGGCAAAAAAGAAUAAAAGUUUCAAAAUGGCAGAGGUCAAAACAUUAUUAAUGAAGGUUUGGAGCUUGUGACACCAGAGCGCUGGAGAGCAUGCAUUAAUCAUGUGAUAAAAGUUGAAGACGAAAUGUGUAAAUUAGACCAUUUAAUUGAUGAUGUUGUAGAGCCGUUCAUAAUUAACACAGGUGAAGAUGAAUUAAGUGGCUCUGAAAUUGAAGAGUAAAUAAAGCUUUGUAGAAUU